AGCAUCCGCCCUCACUAACGCUGUGAGCUGUGCCGCGGAAGAUGGUGCGAGUGAUACCAGUGCUGUGCUUGUUGACUGUGCUCGCCGGCAGCGGCGCCGUGGGGAUUACAGAAGAGCAGUACUAUUCUAUGCCAAGGCUGUUCGAGUUGGACGAUUAUGAAGAAUGCCUGGCCACGCGCGGCGCCUUCUGCCUCGGGUCCUUCCACCUCACGUCGAAGCGAUACAGCCGACUUCUGGACGCUAUACAGAAAUUCUCCGACGACAAGAAUCAUUUCAACCACACAUAUAUCCAGCGAGGCUACUGUGUGACAACCACGUGCGCACACAUAGAUGGAGAUUCCCCACCACACAUCUUCGAAGAAUGCGUCCACAACCUGACCAAAACUAACUAUGGGCUCGACACAGAAUUAAUAGAAUUGGAGUAUUGUAAAACUGAGGAAACUCCACCUAAACCAAUAGAUGUCCCGGAUAUGAUCUUUGCGGUGAUAGUUGGCCUGAUCGUGAUGGGCAAUGUGGUCGGAACAGCUUAUGAUUUGCUCAGAAACCCGGAUAAUAAACCAAACCGGUACCUGAUGACGUGGUCCGCCCGGGUCAACUGGGGGAGACUGACAGCUAACUAUGAGAAGGAGGACCCUCGGCUCUGCGCGCUUGACCCGGUCAAUGGCAUGAAAGCAAUAACACUGAUCGCCGUAAUAAUCGCGCACUCUUCAAUCGCACACUACAUGACUUUUGUACACAAUCCAAGCUUUUUGGAAACGGCACACCAGCACCCGUUGUCGGCCAUGCUGACGAACGGCACAGCGGUGGUGCAGACGUUCAUCAUACUGUCCAGCUUCCUCCUGGCGUACAACGUGCUGCUGACGCUCGAAGCCAACCCUAACAAGAAGAUCGGGCUCGCGUUCUGGUGGCAGGUCAUUAUGCAUCGGGUUGUGAGAAUAACACCUCUUUCGAUGUUCGUGGUCGGGCUAACAGCAACGUGGUGGCGCCACAUGAGCGAUGGCCCACUCUGGUCCACUCUAGUGCAAGCUGAGAGUGACCGUUGCAGGAACAAGUGGUGGACCCACGCGUUCUACGUCAACAACCUGGUGAUGCCUGACGAGAGAUGCCUUAUACAGACCUGGUUCCUAGCAGUAGACAUGCAGCUGUACUUAGUGACAUCAGUACUGUUAGUGCUGCUGAUUCGACGACCCCACACCGCUGUGAAGGUGUUCUCGGCUCUCUUCGUCCUGUCCAUCCUGGCCAACUUCGCGAUAACCUACAACUGGGACCUCACGAUCCUGUUCCUUGGGAACCCUGAAUUGAUCCGCUGGCAGUACAAAGGCGUACCCUCGUUCAAGUGGCAAUACGCGGCGCCGUGGAGCAGCGCGCCGGCCGCCAUACUAGGCCUCCUCCUGGCCUUCGUCUACCAUCUGAUGAGGAAGAGCGAAUACGACCUUCACAAGAACACUUGGUUCCGCAUACUGUACCGCAUGUCAGUUCCCGCGAUGUUCCUGUGGAUCUUGGGCGGCUUCCUGAUGAAGGACUGUCAGGACAAGUUCCUGGUGACGCUGUUCUCAACCCUGGAGCGGCCGGUCUUCGGCGUCAUCGUCUCCAUAGCUAUGAUCGGCUUCUUCUAUAGACUUGACCGUAUUUGGUGGUGGAUUCUCUCGUGGCGCUCUUGGCAAAUUCUGGGAAGGAUGUCGCUCUCCAUGCUUCUCAUACAUUGGACGUACAACCUCUCUCUGUUAGCCGUCAAGACCAAUUUAGCAAGGACAUCCUUCUUUGAGAUUGGAGGACACUCUUUGGCAUCUAUAUUCAUGACCUACGUGACGUCACUUCCGCUGCAUAUUUUCGUUGAACUACCCACACACAAGUUUUUACAAACUAUUUUUAUGUGAUAUAUAAUUAUAAUAUUGGACAUAAAUGAAGUCUUUGUAAAACGUGUGAAACACGCACUUUUUUCUAUGUCGGUAAUUUAGAAAUUACUGCAUUUGUAAGUAAAGGUGCGGGUAAGAAAAUGUACUUGACUCUAUCAGAUAGGUGCGAUAUAACAUUCGAUAAUAUCGCAUGCGUUCUCUAUUGCGAUAUAAUGCAAAUGUUCAGGCGGCGGUAAUCACUUAACAUCAAGGUGAUCCACCCACUCGUUUGCUCGCUAUUUUUAUUUUAAAAAAAUGUGUCCCUCAGCUG